AUGGAGUGCUACUACAUUGUCAUCAGCUCCGCGCAUCUCAGCAACGGGCACUUUCGCAACAUCAAGGGAGUUUUCCGCGGCCCCCUCAGCAAGAACGGGAACAAAACUCUGGAUUAUGCUGGAAAGAAAAACACGAUAGCAAAAGCUCUGGAAGAUCUUAAAGCCAACUUCUACUGUGAACUCUGUGACAAGCAGUACUACAAACACCAGGAGUUUGACAAUCACAUUAAUUCUUAUGAUCAUGCUCACAAACAGAGGCUGAAGGAACUGAAACAGAGGGAGUUUGCUCGGAAUGUAGCAUCUAAGUCACGGAAAGAUGAAAGGAAGCAGGAGAAAGCCCUUCAACGUUUGCACAAGCUAGCUGAGCUAAGGAAAGAGAGAACCUGUGCUCCUGGAAGUGGCCCUAUGUUCAAAUCCACCACAGUGACUGUGCAAGAUGAUUGCAAUGAUAUCCCCAAAAGUGCUGCCAUCGAUUCUGCCAAAAGCCAGGAUUUCAGCUGUACAUUAAUGCACGAUGCACAGAAUUGCAAGGACAUUGCCUCUGUUAUUUCUUCCGCCCCUGGAGAUGCAGGUAGUCAUCAAUCCGACCCUAGCAAAUGUGGAGAUCAGCUUCAAGGAGCUCAAGGACACAGAGUUGGGUUCUCCUUUGCUUUUCCUAAGAAAGCAGCAGUCAAACUGGAGUCUUCAGCUGCCGUUUUCUAUGAGUUUAAUGAGGAAACCUCCAUGGAGCAUGGAUUUAGCAGAAGGAGCAGGUUCGUUCCGGGAACGUGCAACCUUCAGUCUCCUUCAGCAGCAGAAAUAGUUGCAUGCCCUGAGGAGAAACACAACUGUCUUCACCCACUGGUGGAAAAAUGCACAGACACAGCAGAAGCUCCUGAAGCUCAGGAGUCAAAAGAGCUGUCCAGCGAGGAGAGCAGGGUGCUGGAGAGCCCAGCUGCUCCUCCUGCCAUGCCCCACUGCAGGCAGCUGGUGUCCUCAGGCACGGAUGGCCACGGAGUGGAUGUCAGUGUGGCCGGCUCAGGGGACCAAAGCGUGUCCCUGGCCGCAGACAGCGCAGGGCUCCUGCCCCUGGGUGGCAGCGGGCAAGGGCUGCAGGCCACCAGAGCUGCCGGGCAGGAGCCUGUGCAGGACUGCUCCUCUCUGCAGGAUGCUGCAGAGGAACACUGCAACGACAGGAACAGUGAUCCAUCUGCAACUGAGACGGAAAUGAAACAUCUGGGGGCAGAUGCAGUAGCGGCAUCACUGCCCGAAGAAGGCAGCGGAGCCCCAAAAAGCAAACCGGACGUAUACAAGAGACCCUGUCAGCCCUUUGUUCCUGUUCUUAGCAAAUAUGGAUCGAAUGUUCUUCAGUGGCCAUCAGAAAUGUUAAUUUACACAAGUACAGACCCAUCCAUUUCUUAUAGCUGUAAUCCUUUAUAUUUUGAUUUUAAGUCAUCGAGAGCAAGCGAAAGCCAGGAAAAGCCCAAGCAUCAACCAAACAUACCUCAUUUGCACCAUAAAACUGAAUCGAACCAUAUCUUAGUCUCAGAUUUUGCAAAAAGACCUACUUCAGAGUGUGGCGAUUGCGAAGUAGAAGUGGAUAAAAAUGUGUGCAACUAUACAAUACCCCUGUUAAGUGAUGUUUCCCUCUUCAGAAAUUGUGACCUUGCAAAAAAUCAAAACAAAGUGUCCUUGGAUGAGUCAUUCAGGAUUAGAAAAAUAGAAAAGUAUCACAUAUCUCAUAACCCCUUACGACAAAACACUGUGAUAGAUGAGAAAUACAACAAAGUCUGGAUCAAAGAAGGCCAUGAAAAAUGGCUUCACAAAAACAGAAAAAGGAAAAGGAGAAGAAAAUUGUGUCAUUGUCAUUAUCAUCACUGUGGAGACACAACAGUAGCAGAAAUGGAGAUGUCUCCAGUAACUGAAAAAGAAAUUACUUACAGAGAUGAAAAUAAAUAUCAGCACCUCCAAAAUAAUGAAGAGAAGUGCAGACAUGACACAGGAAAUAUCUGGCUAACUGCGGGUGAGGUGCAGCAGUCGCAGCCAAAAUUUGGCAUUGAAAAUGGUCCUAAGAGAGUCGUGUCUGCAUCAGAUCACAUACACUGGGACAGAGGCUGGUGUGACUUUUGGAGUGCAAAGAGCAGUGGCCACCACCAUGGCUGUAAAGGAGCACACCGAAAGAGCAAAGCGAGCUCCCGGAGGAAGCAGCUGGCUCUGAGCUCCAGGAGACACAGCCUCAGGCGCUCCAAAACCUGCUGUAGCUGGAAAGCCAGGAGGUCAAGCUGCAGCCCAGAGCAUAAAUGUUUAGGACAGUGCAGCGAGGAGAAGGGGCCCGGUCAAAACCAGCCCGUAAAGAGAGGUUACAGUGUUCUGACAGAAGAGCCCGAGAAGCCCCGCCGCAAGAGGAGGCAGCACACCUACUCCUCUUCCUCGGAUGAGAGCUCAUGGGCACAGGCAUUGCCAGCAGAGGAAUAUCUAAGGCAAGGACAUGCUUUAGGUGCCUAUCACAAGGCCAAGGGGAAACGCAGGAAAAGGAAGACUAGAAUCCGUCGUGUCUUCCUCGACAGGAAUGAAAAAAGUGAGACCUCUGAAUCUUCCAAAGAAAGUUCUGCGAAUUCUACGUUAAAUAUUUCGGGGGACUCGCCGGCUCAAGACAAUCUAGAGGAAACUCACGCAGCUCCCAAAGAUGAUGAUGAUGAUGCAAAAGAGAGGGAUGAGACAAUGGAGCUGGAGGAAAGCAAGUCGCCUGUAGCAGCUGCCGGCCCAGAGGUGCUGGGAGAUGAUAAAGCGAUGGAGAGCGCACCGGCCACGCUCCCCGAUGUCAUCACAAACUCUGCUGCUUCUGCCCCUGAGCACAGCGCUGCAGCAGCCGCUGUCAAACAGGCUGCUGGUCCCCAGGAGGGAAAGAAAAAGGAAAACGUCAACGUCCGUGAAAAUCAAGCUCGUUACAAAGCCCCCGUCCCCAACAGGCACUUGGAGCAAACUCCUCCUAAAUCCUAUCUUUGCCAUUAUGAGCUGGCCGAGUCGCUGCCGCACGAGAAGAUGGGUGAGGUGGCCGGGGAGUGGGUGCAGUGCAGUCCUGGCAUAUUCAGCAGCCCCCCGCCCUUGCCCUUCAAAGAAGCACACGUGAACACUCACACCUUUCUGACCACCGAGCAGCUACGAGCCCCGUUCCCGCUGCCCGAGCAGGCGCUGCUGUUCCCGGCCGACAGCCCCGAGAAGUUCAAGGAGCUGCCGUCGGAGGCGUUCCAGCAGGUGAUGCCGCAGCACACCGUGCUGUCGGGCAAGCUCAAGUUCGCCUUCGCCCCGCCGGGCUCGCCGCUGCCGCCGCUGCCGCUGCCGCCGCCGCUGUGCUCCGCCUCGGUGACCACCAUCCACCACACCAUCCUGCAGCAGCAGCAGCAGCCGCAGCACCACGGCGCCGCCAUCAAGGUGCUGCAGCCCGCCCCGCAGCCGUUCGUGUCGCAGGUGCCGGCUCUGCCGCGGGCCCCCGUGGCCCAGCUGGCCGUGGGGCCCAGGCUGUGCCCGGCCGCCUUCGUGGCGCCGCCGCCGCCGCUGCCGCUGCUGCCGCCGGCCGCGCUGCCGCCCGCGCCGCUCGCCUUCCCCCCGCUGCCGCACUCCGCCUUCCCGUCCCUGCUGGCCCCGCACCCGGCCGUCAUCCCCCUGCAGCCGCUCUUCUAG